AUGGAGAACGACCAGACUAAUCUGGUUCUCCUCUCGGAAACCGGACCACGGCAAGGGAGGCCGCCGGACGGUCGCUCUUCGACAAACCAUGUUGCUACAACGGUAAUAGCGGAAGGGGAACAAAUUGAAAACAGAGCAGAACCGAGGAGAAGCAAGAGACUAGCAGAGGCACGACUGAGACAAGUGGAGAACACAAGGCAAGGAGACACAGGAGGAAGCACAAGCACGGCACGGAACAAAUCAAGGAGAUGGAAGCGGUGUCGCGAGGAGAUGGAGACUGAUGAUAACGAAUACGAGGACGAUGGGAUGGACGGCGGCAUUGGAGUGGAGGUGGAGAAUGAGAGUAGUGAUAAGGAGGAGUUUGAUGUUGACAAGAGGAAGUCUGCAGUGUACGAGCAUUUGGUGUCCAGUCCAGAAUGUCGAAUCACACGGGAACGGCAUCUCGGUAAGGGCAGUUACGGCACUGUAUAUCUCGCUGAGAAGAAGAAGAACAAGGACCAAGUGUACGCUAUCAAGGUGCUACAGAAGCAUACGGCUAUCCAGAAGAACAUUGUAAGGAGAACCAUCAGUGAGAAGAAAGUUCUGGCUAUUGCGGGUCGCCAUAUGUUUUGUGCGAAAAUGUUUGAGUGUUUUCAAAAUGCCAGCAGGCUUUUCUUCGUUAUGGAGUAUAUCGGCGGCGGAGAUCUAUGGUUUCACUCGGGAAAAGAAAGAAGUCGCCGUUUUGGUGAGUCCACAACUCGAUUAUACUCCGCUCAGAUAGCGUGCGCCCUACUUCAUCUGCACCGUUCAGGAAUCAUUCACCGUGACCUGAAACUUGAAAACGUCAUGCUGAGCAGUGAUGGACAUAUCAAAAUAACAGACUUCGGUGGGAGCAAAGUAACCCUGGGAGCCACAACAUCAACAUUCGUCGGCACGACUGAAUAUAUGGCCCCGGAAAUGGUCAGAAGGACAGCUUACAACGCGUCUGUUGACUGGUGGGCUCUUGGCGUUCUGAUGUUUGAGAUGAUGUUUGGCUGUGUGCCCUUUAGAGGCGCAACAACAGAGGUGAUAUUCCGAAACAUUAAAGCCCAGCCGGUGAUAUUCCCAGACACCAACUGCAGUAAACAUUGCGAAAGCGUGUUGCUGAGUUUGAUGCACAAAACUGUUAAGCAGCGUCUGGGAUGCACGGCUGGGUCGCAGGUACAAACGCAUCCGUUUUUCGAGUCAAUACGGUGGGAGGCGCUAGAAAGGGGCGACAUCAAUCCGCCCUUUAUCCCACCGUUUGACUCGAAGACGGACACAUCAAACUUUGACACGGAAUUUACGGACGAGGUCGCCGUUCUCGAGCCCAUUGACGAAAGGAUUGUGGCCCGGAUCGACCAGUCUAAAUUCAGAGACUUUGACUUAACAGAUUAGCAUUGCAUUCCGUGGAGCCAAAUUAGGUUAGCCGACACACGGUUUCGUUACUUAACACCUCCAGUUGUUAUUCAAACUGUGCUAUUUACCGCCUUACCUCGGAAAAUCUCCGCUGCAUUGUUUGCUAUAUUCAUGGACUGAGAAAUAUUUGCUGUGUGCCACAGGCUUCCAGGGUGCGAUUGGUGGAAAGUUUGCCAUUUUAGCGUGGCCAUUUCUUAAUCUGUUGCUGAUGUUGUUGUUGUUGUCGUCGUCGUCGUCGUUGGUUUUGUUGUUGGUUUUGUUGUCGUUGUUGUUUUUAUCGUUUUUGAAGUAUUAAUUCUCACGAUGGCACCUCCCCCAAUAGGAUUUUUGGUAUUGUUGUUGUUGUUGUCUUCGUCGCCGUUAUGGUAACAAAGAUUGGGCAUUGGGCAUUGGUUUUUUCAUUUAUCAUUGUUUCGAUUCAUGUCUUUUUCGUUCAUUCUUUGAUUCUUAGUACUGUAUAGGUUAGUAUUUUCGCUGGUCUACAGCUCUUCAUUUUUGGCCACCUUGAUCCUGCUUUUCAACUUAGCUCCGCUGUUCAUUUUUAUGCUUCCACAAUGCCAUCUUGUCAUUCGUGACAAUAAACUGGUUUUCCCCCUGCUACUGCGUCUGCCUGUGCGAGCUAUAUUUUUUCUAGUCGGUCUGGGUCCAGGGGCAUCAUUAUUUAUU